AGGCGCUGGCGGGCAGUGAUGGCGGCGGGUGAUGGGGACGUAAAGCUAGGCACCCUGGGGAGCGGCGGGGAGCGUGGCGGCGGCGACGGCGGCGACGGGAGCCCGGGCAGCGCGGGAGCGACGGCAGCGGCGGCGAGUAGCAGUUGGGUGGCGGCGCUGCUGGCGACGGGCGGGGAGAUGCUGCUGAACGUGGCGCUGGUGGCGCUGGUGCUGCUGGGGGCCUACCGGCUGUGGGUGCGCUGGGGGCGACGGGGUCUAGGCUCCGGGCCCGGGGCGGGCGAGGAGAGCCCGGCCGCCACGCUGCCGCGCAUGAAGAAGCGGGACUUCAGCCUGGAGCAGCUGCGCCAGUACGACGGGGCGCGCACGCCGCGCAUCCUGCUCGCGGUCAAUGGGAAAGUGUUCGACGUAACCAAAGGCAGCAAGUUCUACGGCCCCGCGGGCCCAUAUGGGAUCUUUGCUGGCAGGGAUGCCUCCAGGGGCCUGGCGACCUUCUGCCUGGACAAGGACGCCCUGAGGGAUGAGUAUGACGACCUCUCAGACUUGAACGCGGUACAGAUGGAGAGCGUGCGAGAAUGGGAGAUGCAGUUUAAAGAAAAAUAUGAUUAUGUAGGCAGACUCCUAAAGCCCGGGGAAGAACCCUCAGAGUACACAGACGAGGAGGACACCAAGGAUCACAGUAAACAGGACUGAACUUUGUGAACAACCAAAGCCAGGGGCCUUCAGAACUGCAACUCUUACUCCUUUCAGAGAAUGUCCAGUCUUUGGGUGUGAUGCACCUGCUGUGAGAAACACUUCACAAGAUAAUGUGUUCACUAUGAAGAUCUGAAUACGAGGCAUUGUUGUGCUGUGGAUGAAUUUGUUGCAGGUGUUUGUAAUGUCUGGUGGGCUCCAUCCUCCUGAAAUGGAGACAGGGCCUUCUUAACAGCAAGAAAGUCACCAGGUUCUUUUUACCCCUUUCCCUCCUCUCUUCCCUUCCUUGUCUGCCUUCCUGUUUGCCUCCCCUCCAUGUCUCUCUAUGUCUCUCUUUUAAAACAAAACAAAAAAGUAUCAAAGACAACCAGAUAGGUAUUUGCUACUCAAGUGUGCAGAUCUCUGAAAACAGCUGGGGAUCCUGUUUCACAGGCUGUGUUUCAUUUGUGUUAAGGGAAGAGCCCUGGGCAGGGGAAUGGGGGUUGCACAUUCAUUUAAGAAGUUCAGGCCACUGAAACAUUAAAACAUGAAUUCCCAAACCUUUCUUUCCGGGCUUUGUCAGGGAAGAGGAAAAAUAUCCUAAGCAUGACUUGGAAGCUAGAGGAAUUUCCAGUGGAUUGGAGUCAGCAGUUCCCAGCUAAGAUAAUUUGAAAACAGUUUUCUUUCUUUCCCUUCCUUCUGCUAGGUCAAAUCAAUAUUAAUUGUGCCUUAUUUCACUUCCAUAAACUUGAAUUACUUUUAGGGAAAGCCCCUCUGAAUUCAGAAGUCACUACAAGCAGCAUUGAGACGGAGGUUGGUGUCACUCUGUGUGUAGAAUGUAAGAGGAGUAUUCAGUGUUAACUGCCAUGUGUUACUACACAAUAGCUCGCAUUGUGAUGGCCAAAUGCAUCCCCUAUGCUUUUUUCUUUUCCAAGAAAAACUGAAAAAUCAAAACUCUUCCCCAACAGCUGCCUAAUUUGAGUCUGACCCUCACAUGUCACUGGUGUGGGUGCGUGGCGCCGUGGUAUGAAUGUCUGUGUGGGUGAGUCUGGAUGUGUGUGAGAGCACCUUGGGAGGGACUCUUCAUGCGAUGCUGUAAAUAUGAGAACCGUUUUAAUAAAGCAUGUACAAUAAACCAAAUAAGCUCGAGUUGGACUCUAAAUGCAGAGCCAUGAGCCAAUGUGUCAUAUAUUAUAAGACUGCAUUUGAUUCAGGAUGAGUACAAAACAAAAUAAAACUUUUGGAAAUGAAAACCAGGCCCUGAUUAACAGAGCUGUACACAUCUCAUGCUCACUGUAACUUGCAGGGCAGGUCCACCUUGGUAGAUGGCUCAGGUAAGAUGUGACGAGGUGCAGUGUACAGGGUGCUUCAGCUUUGUUUGCACCAGUAAGUAUACUAGGAGCACCAGCCUUCCAAGCAGGAGC